UUUUAUGCGCUGUGCAGGGAAAAAACUCCAUUAUGCGGAAGAGAAUCCAAGAAAAAAUUUUUCUGCUUAUAAUGAUCUCGAAAUUCGAUAGGUAGAAGAUAAUAUAUGUUACUGUACAGACAAUAUACGUGCAUGUCGUUGUAACAGCGAUUUUCUUUGAAGUCUGGCACCUUUUCCUCAUCGAUCCAGAGACAAGUUGCAGUUAGUGCUUAGUAGGAAUUAGUGGAAAAUCGUUAUUAAUCAAAACAAUUGAUAGUUUGAUAAAGUAUUUCGCAAGUGCUUGUUCCGACGGAAAUCGUGAAUAAAUUUUCGAGCAAUAUGAGAUAAAGUGAUUAUAAUUUCUUGAAGGAUUUUAAGUUUAAUAAUUAGUGUCGUUGACAAAUACCUUUCUCUACAGAAGACGACAAAUUAUUUAACUGACACAAAGAAAAAAAAGAGUGAAAUAUAGAACGUUGGCAUGCGUAAUUAUUAAUUAGACACAGAGUGUUGAAAAGAAAACUAUACAGAGAGAAUCAUAUAUUUCUGCUACGAAGACUUUUUGACCGUAUGAAAUUUCGACAGGAUGAGAAGGUCUCUCAUUAACUGAUAACAUAUGCCACGGUGGUAGCUCUCGAGGAGGAUGUUCCACGGGGGCGGAAGUGGCGGGUACGGCGCAAGUUCCGAUUACCAGCAGCAGUCCCAGCAGCAACAGCAGCAACACGGGCAGCAGCUCCAGGCGCCUGUCUACGUUCCGUCGUCUAGACCAGCGAUUCCAUCUGCAGCUACGGCGGCGCAAUAUCAUUCCUUUCCUACUUCACCCUCGCCCGCAUGGGAAAAGACGGCAUCCUGGCAGCACGGAGUGGAGACGUACGCGGCGCAUCACGCGCUCGCCGGGCACACGAGCGGUGCGGCCGCGGCGGCGAUGGGACCGCACGCUGGACCUGGUCAUCCGCAUGCGGGACAUCCGCACGCGGCGCAUCCUCACUCGACUCUCGCCGCGGCCGCGGCUGCGCCGUUCUACGCGCAGAACGUCGCAAUGAUGUCCUCGUGGCGCGCUUACGACGGCACCGGUUUUCAACGCGCAUCGCCUUAUGAUACCGCAAUGGAUUUCCAAUUCGGCGAGGGUCGCGAAUGCGUAAAUUGCGGCGCGAUAUCGACGCCGCUCUGGCGGAGAGAUGGCACCGGCCAUUAUCUUUGCAAUGCAUGCGGACUUUAUCACAAGAUGAACGGCAUGAAUAGACCGCUCAUCAAGCCCUCAAAACGCCUGAUGUCGGAAUUUCAGACCGCAACGAGGCGACUCGGGCUGUGCUGCACAAACUGCGGCACUCGCACCACCACCUUGUGGAGGCGUAACAAUGAGGGUGAGCCAGUGUGCAACGCUUGUGGAUUAUACUUCAAAUUACACGGAGUCAAUAGGCCGCUAGCCAUGCGAAAGGAUGGUAUACAAACAAGGAAGAGAAAACCGAAGAAGACUCCAGAACAGAAUGCUAGAUCAUCCCAGGGGGAUCAUGAAACCACUGCCUCGACUACAUCCUCUCCUUCCACAGACUUGAAGAACAAUCAACAACAGCAGCAGCAGCAGCAGCAGCAACAACAACAACAUCAGAUCGAGGUGCCAAAGUCAUCGGGCUCAUCAACGUCGACUGAUAGACCUGUUUACCUCGGACAUACUUCUCUCUUGGCGACUGGAAAUGUACCUGCUGUGAAAACGGAACCGCGGAGCUGUGAUGGCGUCGUUGGUCAACCGUACUCAUCUUAUUAUCAACAUCCUCAUCAAUUAACUGUUACCAGCGAACAUCAGCAACAGAGUUAUUAUGGCACCCAGGAAGCACCCUAUCAUCAUCAACAUCAUGUCACUACAGCGGCAAAAUUACUCGCGUCCUCGUAAUUGUUUAGUAAUUGACGUUUGUUCAUUAGAAUUGUCUCUCGAAAAUAGAUUCAGACGCGUUGAAAAAUGAAGACGUUUUUCGCAGUAUAAAUUAUACAAGAAUUUGUCGAGAAAUUUAAAGAUCGUAAGUUUCUAAUAACGAAUAGGAGGUAUAUUAGAAUUGAAGAUUGUGAUUAAACUUUAAUCCGAUUAUCUGGGGAAAGAACAAGGGAGAAUAAUGAAAUUAAGACACUUCUUGACGAAUGUGUGGAAGAAGAAUUCUUCUACAACAUGGGACUAGUCAGUGACGUGCAAAUUGUUUUGAAAGAAAGAAAAACGAUGAUAGAAAUUGAAAUAUUAUGAAUCCAAGAGAAGAAUACUAUUUUUCAAGAAAAUACGUAAGUUUUCAAGAAAGUGAUUACUUUAUACAAAAACUUAUGCAUGAACGUUUUAAUGUGUAAUAAAAUGGUCUAAGAAGAGAAAAAUAUCAAUACAUAUAUCUUAAAGACUUUGAUUUUUUUUAAACGUGUCGUUAAUAAAUAGGAGAGAAACUGGAUCUCUAGUCAAUGACAGGGAUUAUAAAAAAGUUACGAAAGACGACGCGUGUUGAAAAUUAUUUUGCUAAUUUAACAAUAAUAAUUGGAAUUACGAGAAAAUGGGACGAAAGUAUAAAAUAUUAAUAUGAAAAGCAGCACAUUUCCAUAUUUAACUACGCAUUUUUUGCGUUUGAAUAUCCGAUACAUGUAAAUAGCUGAGCUAUAAUACAAUUAGUGCAAAAGUGCUUCCUGGUUUGACAAAAGCGCAAAAAUACUUAAUAAAAAUGAUGAUUUGGCAAGGCUAGUGUGCAACAAAUAGAAAUAUGAUUUUUGAAGAGCAAUGAAGCAUC